UAGUAAAUACCCUCUUCUCUUCCUAAUAAAUACCCCCACCCCCUUUACUCACAAAAACCCUAAAAACCCCAUAAUUCACACACCAAAACUCCUAUAUACAAGAACAAUAUUAAGUACGAAGAUCCUCCCAAAAAAAAAAAAACCAAAACCAAACAUAUCUUCUCUCUUCUAUAAUAAUCACAACAUCAUAAAACCAAAAGAAAAUCAUUUUGCUUUCUCUCCGUUUCCUUAGCCUCUUCUCUUGGGGGACUUCCCUAUUUUUUCUCACUUUUUUGCUAACAAAAAAAAGCCAAAAAAAUUUCAUAUAUUAUUGUACACCAUCUUUAUAUGUUUUUAUCACCUAUUAUAUUUGUCUUAAACUUAAAGAUUGCCCUUCUUUUUUCUUAAUUUUCCACUACUUCAAAUAUUUUCAUUUCAUAAAAACCCUUAUAUUAGUUUUAUAUGAAAAUUUCAACUUAUUGAAAACAUCUAGUUUCUUCUUAGUUAUUUUCAUAUAUAGUUGAAGAUUUUUCUUGAAGAUCAUCAUCAGUCAGAAAAAAAAAGAAAAAAGGUUAUUGUCAAUGUCAUCUUCUUCAUCAUUAUCGUCGAAUUCACCAUGUGCAGCGUGCAAAUUCCUACGUAGGAAAUGCCAACCAGAAUGUGUGUUUGCACCUUACUUCCCUCCUGAUCAACCACAGAAAUUCGCGAAUGUUCAUAAGGUGUUUGGGGCAAGUAAUGUGACUAAAUUGCUUAACGAAUUACAGCCUCAUCAACGCGAAGAUGCUGUAAAUUCGUUAGCAUAUGAAGCUGAUAUGCGUCUUCGUGAUCCUGUUUAUGGUUGUGUUGGUGUUAUUUCACUUCUUCAACAUCAACUUAGGCAACUACAAAUGGAUCUUAGUUGUGCUAAAUCUGAACUUUCAAAGUAUCAAAACCUAGGAGGUAUUGCUAGUACUACGACUCAUGGACUUUUAGCAGCUGCAGCGGCUGCGGCUGCUACCACGGCCCACCACCACCAUCAUCAGCAAUUCAACUUUAUGGCUGGAAGUGGUGGAGGUGGCGGUGGUGGGAGGGAUCAUUCCCACCACCUUUACCAUCAUCAGUUCUUUCCUAGGGAUCAGCAACAACAACAACAUCAAAACAUGAUUCGAGCAUUUGAAGGUCAUGGGAGCAACAACUUCGAUGCGAGUAGCCUUUUUAUAGGUCAGCUGAGUCAGUUCCAGCAGCCUAGGGCUGCUGGAGCUGAUGGACACCGAACACCGGUUGAUCCAUCUUAGUUAAUUUAGGUUACAUUUGACUUAUUGAGUUGAGCUCAAAAAAACAAUACUAUAUUAAGCAUGAUGAUUAUGAUGGCUAAUACUUGUUAAUUAGCCCAUGCACUAGAGUUAAUUAUUACUUACUAUAACUUAUUUUUGAGAGACCAAAUUUAUGUUCUAGUAUAAUG